CCACACGCUGGUGGAAACUGUUCUGAAAUCCACUGCCAUUCGCCAGAUACCCCCGACCUCUGUAGGAAAUCUACGCUCUCGCGAUUAGAAACACAAACACUUGGAAAUGGCACCAGCAUACGUCGACCUCUCUCACACUCUGGACGAGAAUAUUCAAGUAUAUCCUGGAGACCCCACGUUCUCCUGUUGCCUCGCUUUGACUCUCGCGAAAGAUGGGAACAACGUACACAGCAUCUCCUUGGGCUCGCAUUCAGGUACCCAUGUCGACGCACCCUACCAUUUCCUCGAGGAUGGCUCGAAGAUCGACGAGAUCCCACUGGAUGCAUUCGUUGGGCACGCUGUCGUGAUCGACGUAACAUCCAAGAGUGCGAAGGAGCAAAUAACAUGGGCAGACAUAUCUCCUUUCGCAGACCUCAUCAGCCGCAAGGCGAGUCUUCCCGAAGGCGUCUUCGUCUUCCUCCGCACAGGCUGGUCGCGGCACUGGCAAUCGCCCAUAUACUUCGAGCAUCCCUUCCUUACCCGAGACGCCUCUCAGCGACUCGUAGACCUCGGCGUCAAGUUGAUCGGGGUGGACACCCUCAGUCCGGACGAGACACUGGUCGACGGCGGCAUGCCCGACUUCGGGGUGCACGAAGUGGUGCUUGGGGCUGGGGCGCUGAUUGCGGAAAACUUGACGAACCUCGAAGCUAUGGCGACCGGCGAUUGGCUUGUCAGUUUGGUGCCGCUCAAGCUGAAAGGGUGCGAUGGCUCGCCAGUGCGCGCCUUUGCAUGGCCGGCAAAAGCGUAGACGAUAGGGUAGCGAGGAUGUUCCCUAUGGCUGUGGAACUACCCUGCCAGGUAGCCUGCGCCACAAGGCCAUCCACGUGUCCCGCCGCGUAACGGGUAGACGGCGGACCAGGAACAUACAGCUCAUUAAACAGCCACUCCCGCGCUGGGCGGCGCUCGGAUGGAACUACCCCCCUCCCACCGGCGGUCGCGUGUGCGUUUGAGCGACACGAGAUGCACUUUGACGUUGAGCCGCUCGCCGGUGAUGAUGAAAUUGUGGACCGCGGCCCGCACCUCCUGAGAUCGAGCGCGACAAUUACCAGCACUGGCACCCCUCCAUCCUACAUAUACACUGGGCUCGUACGAUGCUAUACCACAUCUCCCCCACCAGGCCAUGGCGUUCGAUCGUCCACGCACCGUCAUCGACCUCACACACGCCCUCGUCCCCGGCCAGGUGCCCGCGUGCGCUGGUCACCCAUGCUACACAGCCUCGCCCUGCCUCAGCCUCGCCGCCGGCGAAUUCGCAAAUGUGCACGCCCUAACGCUCGGCACGCACACCGGCACGCACAUCGACGCCCCGUACCACUUCUUCGCGGACGGCGUCACCGUCGACCGCCUCGACCUCACCCUCCUCUCCGCCGCCCCUGCCGUGGUCGCAGACCUCCGCGGGAAACGUGCGCACGAGCGCAUCGUGUGGGCGGACCUCGCCGACGCCGCGGAGGAAGUGAAGGCGCGCGGGGCGCGGGUGCUCCUCUUGUGCACCGGGUGGUCGCGGCACUGGAACACGGAGACCUACAGUGCGCAUCCCUUCGUGGACGCGGACGCGGCGCGGCGGCUGCUCGAUCUUGGCGUGAAGGUGCUCGGGCUGGACACGAUGAGUCCGGACAAGGUCACGGCGGACGAGGAGUGCGCGGACGUCCACCACGUCGUGCUGGGAAGCGGCGGGAUCAUCGUGGAGAACUUGACCGGUCUGGAGACGAUCGUCGACGGAGGGUGGAAGCAGAUCGUAGUAAGCCUACUGCCGUUAAGCCUUGCUGGCUGCGAUGGGAGUCCGAUACGUGCUGUGGCCUGGGAGGGCGACGCCUAACAAUGGUAGUCGUGUUGCUUCUGUAAAUGCGAGAUGUGUCGCAAGUGCAAGUCCGCC